AUGGUUGCAACAAAGGAAGCCUCCAAGGAACCCUGGCCCAACACGUCUGGCUUCGACACCAGCUACGAAGAGCAUGAGCCUGUCGAACUUACCGUCAAGGGCGAGAUACCGUACUAUGCAGCAGGUGUAUUGUACCGAACAGGACCGCUAGGCUACAAAGCAAAGACAAUUGACGGCAAGACGUGGAGUGCAAAGCAUUGGUUUGAUGGCUUCAGUGGGAUUCAUCGUUUCCAAAUUGACUUUCCAGACGCGAAUGGCCCUGCUAAAGUGCAGUAUCGUUCACGGCGUACGGUGGAUGAGUACCUUGAGACUGUUCGCAAGACUGGAAAGGUCGAUUGCACUACAUUUGGCCCGCAACGCGACCCUUGCGAGUCUUACUUCAAGAAAGUAUCAUCCAUGUUCACAUCUUCACGGGACACCAAAAAUGUCGGUGUUACUCUGUCUAUCAACAUGCCUGGCGGCGGGUUCCAGAAAUCAAUGGUCAAUGGUCACACCAAUGGGAUAGUAACUCUACACGCCAAGACAGACUCCUCACAGCUCAAGAAGAUAGACCCUGAGACGUUGCAACCACUUGGCCUUGUCUAUCAGAGUAUACUCCACCCUGAUCUGAAAGGUGCCUUCUCAGCCGCACACGCCAAGUCGGACCCGAUCACCGGCGAUGUCUUCAACUUCAAUCUCGAUUUUGGCGCCAAUUGUACAUAUCGGAUCUUCAGAUCCUCACUGGAGACUGGAAACACCGACAUUCUUGCUACUUUCACCGGCACACCCACAUAUAUUCACUCGUUGUUCCUGUCCGAGAAUUAUGUCAUCCUCUGCACUUGGAGCAGCCACAUUACUGCCUUGGGCAUCCCCAUUCUUUAUCACAAAAACAUCGCCGAAGCAAUCGCACCCUUCGAUCCCAACUUCAAAGCGACAUGGUACGUCAUCGACCGCACCCACUCCAAAGGCCUGGUAGCAACAUACUCGAGUAAACCCUUCUUCUGCUUCCACAGCGUGAAUGCCUGGGAAGAACCCUCGCCCACCGAUCCCACCAAAACAGACAUCAUCACUGAACUGAGCAUGUUUGAAAACAACGACGUUGUAAAACGCUUCUACUACGACAGCAUCGUUUCCUCCGUCGCCGAUCCAGAUUUUCAGGGCGAUAAUAGAUCAUCAAGUCUACCCAUGCAAGCCCAAUUCCGCCUCCCCUGCGUAGAUCACGGCAUGGAAACUAAAGUCCCUCGCACCGCAGAAAUCAUCUUCCAAGCACCAAAAGCCAUAUCAAUGGAACUCCCAACCAUCAACCCCUCUUACCUCACCAGACGCCACCGCUUUACCUACGGCUGUACGGACCGCCUCAAGUCGAGUUUCAUGGACGGCAUCGUCAAGUUCGACAAUGUGUCUCAAACGAGCAUCUUCUGGGAAGAAGAAGGCCAUACGCCCGGCGAACCGAUCUUCGUCGCCGAUCCCGAGGGGAUACAGGAAGACGAUGGUGUGCUGUUGACGGUAGUGUUGGAUGGGUUCGAGGAGAGGAGUUAUCUGCUCGCGCUAAGGGCGAGGGAUUUGAAGGAGUUAGGUCGCGCGGAGAUGAGGGGUCCGAUGGGAUUUGGGUUUCAUGGGACGUUCAAGGCGGGGGGGCGGGGGUAUACUGGGGAUAUUUGA